AUGAGCGAAGAGCUUCUUAAAUGGAGAGAUGGAACCGUUCGAGUCGCCGGAAUCGCAUUGUCUCUUCUAUUUGUCAUGUUGUAUUUUAUUUAUCUGUGUCUCGCGGGUGUUUCAAAACGGCACUGUUUCAAACCAUCCGUUACCUACGCCGCUGAUGACGACGUAGUUGUUUUACGCAGAAUAUCCGACCUACCCGAUUUGACACCACCGCCAGCCUAUGAUGCAGUUAGAGAAGCUCCACCGCCGUCAUAUAAUUCUGUCGUUUACCAUGAAACUAUUUGA